AUGACGAGGCGCCAGGAGAACAAGCCGGAGAACCGUCCACUGAGCGACGUAGGCUACGGCUUGCUGCCGUCAGUGGAGACCGAAGAGAUGUCGAAAAGUGACGGUGUUUGCAGCCGUUUGCCCCUGGCCGUUUGCCCCAGGCCGUUUGCCCCUGUCUGUUUGCCCCUGUCCGUUUGCCCCAGGCCGUUUGCCCCUGGCCGUUUGCCCCUGUCCGUUUGGGUCCUGUGGCACACUUGUGCUGCUCAGAAACAGGCGAAGAACAGAAAAAAGAGUCCUGACGGAGAGGCUCCGCCCACCACAGAGGUGGAUCUCUUCAUGUCCACGCAGAGGAUCAAGGUGCUCAACGCAGACACUCAGGAGUCUAUGAUGGACCUGCCCCUGAGGACCAUCUCCUACAUAGCUGACAUAGGAAACAUGGUUGUACUGAUGGCCAGGGGUAAAAUGGUACGGUCAAGGAGUGCCCAGGACCAGUUGGACCACACUCCAGAGCACGCUGCCAUGACCCAUGAUGACCGGCGCCUGUACAGGAUGAUCUGCCAUGUCUUUGAAUCAGAGGAUGCCCAGCUCAUAGCCCAGUCUAUUGGACAGUCCUUCAGUGUGGCCUACCAGGAGUUCCUGAGAGCCAAUGGGAUCGACCCUGAGGACCUGAGUCAGAGGGAGUACAGCGACUUGCUCAACACUCAGGACAUGUACAACGACGACCUCAUCCACUUUUCCAAGUCGGAGAACUGCAGAGAUGUUUACAUAGAGAAGCAGAAGGGGGAGAUUCUGGGUGUGGUGAUAGUGGAGUCAGGAUGGGGGUCCAUCCUGCCCACCGUAAUCAUCGCCAGCAUGAUGCAUGCGGGGCCGGCGGAGAAGUCUGGCCGACUGAACAUCGGAGACCAGAUAAUGACCAUCAAUGGAACCAGCCUGGUGGGCCUGCCUCUCAACACCUGCCAGAGCAUCAUCAAGGGUCUAAAAUCCCAGUCCAGGAUCAAGAUGAACAUCGUCAGGUGUCCCCCUGUCACCAUGGUCCUUAUCCGCAGGCCGGACCUCAGAUACCAGCUGGGCUUCAGUGUACAAAACGGCAUUAUCUGCAGUCUGAUGAGGGGAGGCAUCGCAGAAAGAGGAGGCGUCCGUGUCGGCCACCGCAUCAUAGAGAUCAACAGCCAGAGCGUGGUGGCCACGCCCCACGAGAAGAUCGUUCAAAUCUUGUCUAACGCCAUGGGAGAGAUCCACAUGAAGACGAUGCCAGCGGCCAUGUAUCGCCUGCUGACAGCACAGGAGCAACCCGUCUACAUCUGACCACGCGGCCUCCACCCCUCCCACACCCCCGGAGUCUGAGUCACACACACUGAGACAGUUCUGUCCAUAUCUGAUUUGUUUAAACACCUUUCUGUAUCUCGUUUCAUAUCACAAGUGGUGUGAUCAUCAUCAUCA